AUGAUUGAAGUUAUCGUUCUGAUGAUUUACUAUGCCAUCCUUGGAGCAUUCGGAAUAGUCCUGAAUGGUCUUCUUUUGCUUUUAGCAAUAUUCCGAUCUCCGUCUCAAAUCAAAACCUACCGAAUUCUAAUCAUCAACUUUGCACUCACGGAUAUGUUUUCCUCAUUUCUAAUGAUGUUCUGUGCACCAAGAAUCAUACCACUCGACUAUGCCAUGGCCCAUAUAUUUUAUGGGCUUUGUCACUUUGGACAUCCAUUUUUAUGUUACGCAUCCUGGAGUGCACUUCUUCAUUUAUUCAUACAUUCAAUGUGGUCACUACUCUUAUCAUUUGCAUAUCGUAACUAUAUACUCUCAUCUGCUCCCCCAUCUACGUGGAAAGUAUUCAUGUUCAGUGUUUUUAUAUACAUUCCAUCAUUCACUCAGUUCAUUGUGCUAAUGUUCACCGCCGCGGAUCCUUAUUUGAUUUUUGGAAUGUUGAAAUCAAAGUUCCCAGAUUAUACAUUUGAAAUUUCAACUGUUACGGGAAUAUCCGAUGCAUUAUCUCCAGCUGCUACAUUUUCAAUCCUAAACAUGACAGUUCCAGUUUUUGCGAUUUACACUGCAAUCCUUGUAUUUCGAAGGAAAAUUCUUUGCCGUCUCGGGAAAAACACCGAGAAUUUACGUUCUGAAACAAAAUCCAUCCACAAGCAACUGUUGAGAGCAUUGACGCUGCAAGCUUGUCUUCCAGUUUUAUUUGUUGGCGGAGUAUUCUGCUUUUUUAUCCAAGCAAUCCGGCUGAUUACCCACCCAAUUUUUGAAUGUCUGAUAUGUGCAAUUCCUGCUCCAAUCCCACUUUUAUCAUCUAUUAUUUCACUUUACCAUAUCCGACCCUAUCGCCGGGAAAUCUUGCGUAUCUUUACAAGAGUAACCAUUCCUAUUCCACAAAUUGAACCGGCUUCUUCUGCAGUUGCUCUCGCUGCUAAACAUAAAAUUUCUGUACUUAGCAUGGGGAGGUUACAUCGAUUAAGUGUUCCCAACAAUUCUUAA